AUGCAGACGAUGUCACAACCGCAAGCUCAGUCUGGCGUGGCGCGCAUGCUGCAAAAAGGCAUCCUCACCGACAUCACCGUCAACGCCGUGGGCGGCAGCAUCAGGGCCCACCGUGCUGUCCUGGCAGCGCGGUCGCCCGUGUUCCUGAGCAUGUUUUCGCAUGCUCUCCGGGAGAAGGAGCUCUCCACGGUGGACAUCUCGGACAUGUCAAUCGCCGCGUGCCGGGCCUUCGUCAGGUACAUCUACGGUGCCUCUGUGUCGGAGGAGGAGCUGCUCGCCCACCGGAGCGAGCUCGUCGCCGCUGGCGACAAGUACUGCAUCGCGAACCUGAAGGAGACGUGCGAGAAGAGCCUGGGAAAGGACGUGGGCACGGAGAACGUGCUCCAGAUCAGGCUGCAGAUGGCGCACACCUACAGCCUAGCGGCGCUCAAACGGAGCUGUGUGAGGCUGCUCGUGGAUUUCGGGAAGAUGUACGAGAUUCCGGAAGAUUUUCUAGAGUUCACCGAGAAUUCGGACCCGGAGCUCGUAGAUGAAAUCAAGCGAUUUGCAUUUUCUCGGGGAAGAAAGUUCCCGGCCAUACUACGAGAGUCUGCAGCUGCGAAGGCUUCGGCUAAAAAGGCUCGGCUCCCUAGUGUUCGGAAGUCUACACCUAGACAGGCUUCGGGCUCUCCAGCCAAACAAGCCGAAAAGGCCACACCUAGCCAGGUUUCGGCGAGCAUUCCGGCUAAACGGCCUAGGAGGUCCAGUGUUCGGAAGUCCACAUCUGGGCAGGAUUCCGACGCAUUUCCGGAUAAACGGGCUAGACGGGCCAACGUCCGGCUUACUGGUGACGAGUGGGCACUGCCUGGUUCUCGAGGUACACGAUAA